GCUAAGGAAAAUAAAACCUUGCCGCAAGUUGUUACCUCUAUUGGUAAUGUAGACAAACAACUUCUUGAAAAUCAGAAUAUGGCUAAUCAAUUGAACGAUAUUAUCAAGUUAAAUGAAGCGGCUUUAGGAAAUAUGAAUUCUUCUGGUGUUAUUCAGAUGGUUGUAGAAGAUAAACCCGAAAGUUUGCCAGUUGUUGAUUCUACUGUAAAGGAGGAACCUUCUAAUGUAGAGGAAUCUAUCCAUACUACAGUAAAAGAUGAAAAAAUUGAAGAAACGAUCAAACAAUUUAAAAGUGAAAAAGGAGACUUUGAGAAGCUUUUAAGGGAAAAUAAAAUCACCAUAGAAAACGAAAUGACAGAAAUUAAAGUUGAAAAUAAAAUGUCUGUUAAAAAUGAGCCCAGUGAAAAUUCCUCAGAAACUGUGAAACAAGAAACAACCGAAAAUGCAAUGGAAGUUGAUGAAGUAAAGAAGGAAAAAGAAACUUUGGACGGAGAGAAAAAAGAAGAAAAUAAAGAUGUAGCAGAUUAUGAAGCUUUGACAUGGAAAGAUGGUGUAGGAACAUUAGAGGGGAGUGAACUCAAGUUUACGCUGAAUGAGUUUGGUUGUGUUGAAGUAAUAACUGAGGAGUUAGAAUGUGAUGAGACAUUGAACACUAGUAGUGAGACAGAACAGAGUAAGGAUGUUACAGAGGCUACUGGAGAUAAUGUGUUCAAAGAUGAUACAGAAAUGAAAGAAGAAAAACCAGAUGAAAGUGGUGACAAGAAAGAUUUAGUUUGUCAGUGUAAUCAUUGUGGAGAAUAUGGAUUUUACAGUGAAUUCUGUCAGAAUGGACAAUUCUGUAGUCAGACUUGUGUUGGAGCAUAUCAGUCAAAAAGAGAAAGAGAAGUAAAGAAGAAUAACUUGGUAUCUAAGAUGGUGCUUGGCAUGAAGAAAAAAAGAAAGAAACUUCUUCUGAUGAAGGGGGAAGAUGAUAUAAAAAUAGCACCAGGAAGAAAAUCCAAAACCUUUUCGUGGACAACCUAUAUAUCUGAAGAGAAAUGUCCAGCAGCACCUCCAAGAUUGUUUAAAAAUGCAUUCCCCUCUCACAAGAAUGGAUUUAAAUUAGGUAUGAGGAUGGAAGGCAUAGAUCCCAAGCAUCAGACAUUGUUAUGUGUCUUAAGUGUAGCAGAAGUCUGCGGAUAUCGAGUAAGACUUCAUUUUGAUGGUUACUCAGAAUGUUACGAUUUCUGGACCAAUGCAGAUUCACCCUAUAUAUUCCCUGUUGGAUGGUGUGAGAAAAAUGGAAAAAUAUUACAGCCUCCAAAAGGAUUUAACAAAGAUACUUUUAAUUGGGCAACCUAUUUAAAGCUAGCUAAAGCUAUAUCUGCUCCAAAGCAGAUGUUUCACAACCAACCUAACACACCUGUGACCCCUAGUUUAUUUAGAAUAGGCAGUAAACUGGAGUCUGUAGACAAGAAAAACAAUAAUUUAGUGUGUGUGUCGACAGUAGUGGAUACUAUGGGAGAUAGAGUGCUAAUUCAUUUUGAUGGAUGGGAAGAUACAUAUGAUUAUUGGUGUGACAUUACCUCCCCUAACAUACUUCCUGUUGGAUGGUGUGAAGAGCAAGGACUACCAUUAAAUCCCCCAUGUGGUAAAGUUUACUUAUACGAAUGGAAAGGUGCAACUUUUAGAUGGGAUGAAUAUUUGGUAAACACAAAGUCAGCAGCAGUCCCAGCCAGAGCAUUUAAACCGAGAGCCCCCCUAGGAUUUGAAGUGAGUAUGAAGUUAGAGGUAGUGGACAAGAGAAACCCUAUCCUAAUUAGAGUAGCCUCCGUUGUGGAUACUGAUGGACAUCUGAUUAAAAUACAUUUUGAUGGAUGGGCUGACAGCUAUGACUACUGGAUGGAUGAUGAUUCUUUGGACAUUCAUCCGCCAGGCUGGUGUGCUAAAACAGGACACCCUCUCACAGCACCUAUAUCUCCAGAAGAUAUUAUCCAUUCCCCUGGACAGUCAGGAUGUCCUACACCAGGUUGUAAAGGGAUAGGACACAUCAAAGGGGCCAAAUAUAUAGGACAUCACAGUGCUUUUGGUUGUCCAUAUUCAGCGUUGAAUAUGAAUAGAGAAACAACCCUCCAAGAUAGGUUAGGGUCAACACGUGCUGAGGAAGGACAAUCUACGCCAAUGCCAGGAUCUGGUGAUGAUCAGUCAUUAGACGGAUUAGAUACACUAAAGUCAGAGCCACAAUCUCCUUCGUCACAAGAAAAUGGGAAAUGUGAGACCCCUGGAUGUGAUGGCUCAGGUCAUGUGACUGGUAGAUUUACAUCUCAUCACAGAAAAUCAGGCUGUCCCCUUGCCCAGGAAAAUCUCAUAGAAAAACAGAUGCAGCAGUAUAGACAACAGUUAGAAGUCAAACCUGGUUUUAAAGUGAAAUCCACUAGAGGAAGAAAACCAAGAAGUUAUUACCUGAAUAUGGGUGACAGAGGGCCAUUUAAAUCACAUCUUACUGCGAAAAAAGAAAAAGAAUUUAAAGAAGGUCAGAAUCAAGCUGAGAGAAAAGUUGAAUCAUCAAUUCACAAAUCUGUGUUUUCUUCUUCAUCCAUCAUCAAACCAUCUAAAGAUCUUCCAUUAGGUUGGGAACAACAUUCCAAACUUUUACCCGGUGUUAAUCUAGGGACAGAUAUCAGCAGCUGGUCUGUUGAAGAUGUCUGCCAUUUUGUACGCAAUUUACCUGGAUGUCUUGACUAUGUCAGAACUUUCAAAGAGGAGCAGAUUGAUGGUGAAGCUUUUCUUCUGAUGGACCAGACAGAUUUGUUGAAGAUUUUAAACUUAAAACUGGGACCUGCUUUAAAAAUAUACAACAGUUUAUUAAUGUUCAAAAAUUCUCUGGAUGUGUGAAAAAUUAUUGAAUACUGGUUAUUACAUUUCUACCUGAAGAACCAAGAGAAAUUAACAUGUUUCAAAAAUUCAAAUUAUUCCCUAGAUGGGUGAAAAAUGUUAAAUGACAGUUAUAAUAUACAGAAAGUGUUAUUUACUAUUUAAAUUCUACUAAAAGAAUCGGAAUAUUUAUUAUCACAACAAAAGUAUCAUAAAAUAUAUUUAACAUGCUUUUAGAGCAUGGGAGAGUUGUGUUCUAUAAACAACUUGUCUUUAUGAAGAGCAGUUGCAAUGAUUUGAAAAAUAACUAAAAAUAAGGCAUUUUUUUUUCUUCUUCAAAAUAUGAAUAAUGCAUGCGUUGGAGAGAAGAUCUAGCCUUAAAAAAGGAGAAGAUUGAAGUGGAAGGUUUGGAUAUAGAAAGGAGAUUCACACCUUCCAAGAGAAGGGAAGGAGGAUGGAUUAUGAGAAGAUGAACAGAAGAAAGCUGCUUCUCUCUGUCAAUCUGUAGUUGUUUCUCUACUUACUGAGAAUAUAUUGUAAAAGAUGUAGUGUAUAAUCUCCUUAUAUGGAAAUCUUUUUUUACUGCAUUAAUAGAAACCUAUUGGUUAUUUAGUUUUGAAUUGGAAUUAACAUAUAUCAUCUCCUGUCUAAUUUGUAGAUAUUACUGAAUUCUUCAAAUAAUCGUUUGUCUGUAAGGUGUUUAGCUAAUUUCCUAAUGCAUGUAAAGCAAGACUUUGGUUAGCUUGCUUGCUUUGUUUGUACAUUGUACAAUUGCAGUUGGGAUAACACCCAAUCAAAUUUAGAUACAAUACAUACAGGUUGAAAUAUACCUAUGCAUAUAUAUUGUUUGAAGAUGUCAAUGGUUAUAACAAAGCUUGAAUGAAUAUUUAUACAAAAAGACCAAGUAAGCCUAAUAAAGUUUUACUCUACAAACAUUUAGGAAAUUAGCUGUAACACCAGAGUUGUUGUAGGUUUUAAGAUAUUUACAAUUUAUCAUUUUUGUUAAAAACUGUGAUAAAUCUAAGAGAAGAAGUAGCAAUACACUUUAAAGGUUUAUUUUAAUAGACUCCUAUUUAUUACAG